AUUUAAAGUUUUUUAUAGUAUAAAUAUUAUAAAUAUCCGCACAAAUAUCCUUUUCCGUUCUUUAAACCCGUUAGAGAGGUUGACAUAAUAUGCUAAAAACCUAAAAGAAAAAAAAGAAACAUACGGACUUCAGAAACUUUAUGAUUUAGUAUAGAUACAAAAAAAGAAUAAAUAGUUGGGAAUGGACAAUAAUACAUCUAUCGCUAAUUACAACAAUAAGAAACCUAAGAUGCAAAACCAAACAGACUCGCUUUUCUCGCUUUUAAGUGAACCACAAUUAUAUGUUACCGACUUUCACUACAAUAACGAGGAUGAACUAAGAAAUAUUCUUAAAGAAGUUGAUAAUAAUAUAAACGUCGAGUUUCGUCAUAACGCGAAUACUGCUGUUCUUCGUUUUUCCUCUGUCGAAAAUGCUGAAAAGGCAUUCGCUAUCUACAACAACAUCAAAAUGGAAACUAAAUAUUUAAGAUUGCUUAUUAAUGAUCCAAGUAAAACUAUAGGAAAUGAGCCUUCGGCUGCUGCGUACAUUUUACAAGUUAAGUCAUUGCCUCAAAGCACAACCAACAUCGCAUUAUAUCAACACUUUAGGGCAUUUGGUCCUUUAUUUUCGUGCAGAAUUCAGAUUCAACAAGACAACAAGUUUAGAGGAUCUGCAUUAGUUCAAUAUUUCAGACAAGAGGAUGCUGAAAAUGCCAUGAAAAAUAUGCACUGCUUCGUUUUCGAGGGCAAGAAUAUCAAUGUUUCACAAUACCAACCCAAGAAUCCUAAGAUUCGUACAAAUAAUAUUUCUGGAAAUCACAACAGUUUUAAUCUCCCCGCUGCGCAUACAUUUUCACCUCAAGGAAGCAACAACAAUAAUCACAAUAAUAACAAUAACCAAAUUCCAAUGUCCCCCGGUCCCGAAGGCCCAAUCGUAGAUCCAUGCAAUUUAUUUAUUAAAAAUCUUGAUGCCAAUAUUUCUAGUAGCGAUCUUUUCAACCAUUUUAGACGAUAUGGUCGUAUCAUUAGUGCUCGUGUUAUGAGAGAUCAGGAAACUGGAAACUCAAAAGGCUUUGGUUUUGUUAGUUAUACAUCUGCUGAAGAAGCAGAUAAAGCGAAGAACUCUAUGCAUGGAAAAACUCUUGGAACUAAACAAAUUGUUGUUAGACUUCAUGAACCGAAGAAAUUACGUGAAGCUAAAUUGGCCAAUCAUUUCAACGGAAACCCUGCCUCUCCGUCUGAAAGCCGCGCUCCUUCUAGACGUAAUUCUGAUUUUUACAAUAUUAAUACCGUUAAUGAAUUCGGUCAAGAAGAUCUUAGUGGUUUAGCUCCAAAGGCUCGCAAAGAGGUUCUAAUGUCUGAAUUGCAAAAAAGAUUUAAAUAUAUACCUACUAUUCCUCCCGAUGAAGUUAAUCCGAUUAUUGAACAGUUGCUAACUUCAAAAGUUCCAGAAGUUCUUCAAAUGCUUAAAGACGCUUCGUUAUUGCAACAAAAGAUCACUGAAGCCAGAACUAUCAUAAAACGCCGUGGUAAUGAGGAGGCAAAUAUUCCAGCAACUUCAAUUGUUAACAAUAACAGCAAUAAUAACUAUCAGCAAGUUUCACAAAGAGAAAGAUUCCUUAAAGCAAUCAACAAAAUUUGCCCUCGUAAUUCUGCGGAAAUCCUCGAACUUCUCUUGACUUUGAGUCCCAAAGAAAGAUCUGUGUGUCUUUUUAAUGAACAGCACCUUAAUAAAAGAAUUAUGGAAGCCAAUGAAGCGUUAGAAGCUGCUAACAAUGAUGUUGAGACUCCUAGUCUUAAGCCUUUGAUUUCCACUCCAGCUUCUAACCCCCCAUCAAUAGAACCAUUUGUUUCUUCUCAUUCGAAAUCGAGUUAUUCCACAGAUGUUCCUACUGUUGUUAGCAAUGGAAUUCAAACUCCUGAAUAUAAAGAAAUUGAAGAAUUCAUGGAAGCGCUUAAAAAUAAACCAAUUCAUGAACAAAAACAAAAACUUGGUGAUAGAUUAUUUCCCAAAGUCAAGAGCCUUGGUCUUAAGAGUGCUAUUGCCAGUAAGGUCACCAUUAAUCUUUUAGAUACCGAUGAUUUACGCGAAUUGGCUCAUUCAAUGAAUGACACAGAAAAAUUUAGACAAAAAGUCGCGGCCGCUGCUGAGAAAGUAGUUCCCAAGUAAAUUUAAGUUCGAUCUUUUUAUUAUGAGAGGACUUUGGCUUACCUUGAGUUGUACUUUGCGGACUUUUGAAUGAUCCAUGACUCAUUUCUAGACUUUAUGAAUAAUAAUAUGUUCCUUCCCAACUUUUUAAAAUAUGUUUUUGUCUUUAUAAUAUGUAGUUUUAGUGAAUUACGUUUUUAAAUUUUUAUAUUUUGUCGAUUUUUAAAUCGAUCUUUUGUUACAAUUUUUUUUUUAGAUAUUCCACUUUCCACUCUUUCAGAAAUUAUAACAUAACUUAAAUUCUCGUAUCUUAAAACUUUUAAAUUUAUUAUUUUUUUUUUUUUUUUUUUUUUU